AUGUGUGCUGAUGUUGGUGUGUCUCCUUGUCGGCCUUCUGACAUAGAGUUGCCGAUAGGAACUGAUGGGAUCACAUCAUUGGAUUUUGUACCUUCAGCUGACAGGAACAUUUUAUUUGUUGGUACCGCUAAUGGACGUGUAAGAAUUCUUGACUGUUCUAAAAGCGUAUGUGAAACUCUUUAUCAAAAAAGGUGGCACAAAACGAUCAGAUGCCUGUCAACAAAUCCUUUUUCCUCCACGUGCAUCACGGCAUCAAAGCAGUGUUGCAUUAAGGUUCAUGAUAUAGAGACAAAUGAGCGCACUGCAGUUUUUCGAAAAAUGGAAGACUCGGCUCCGUAUUCUGCAUUGAUUGUUGUUAGUGAUCAUCGAUGGAUAACAGGAGAUGACAAUGGCUUUGUAAAAGUAUGGUUCUACCUAGAUCAUAUGUGGGAUGAUAGACAGAAGGGUGGCCACUGUUUUACAAUCAAACCGCCCGUCGAUGACUAUGUUGAAGAUCUUGCCGGCAUUAACGAUUUCGCUGUUGGCACCGAUCCUCAGGGAACGCUAUUAGCCGCUGUUGAUAACGGUUGCCUCGUUUCUUACAAUAUUCGACGUCGACGAUUGGAUCUGGUUUCUGAGCCCCUUGGUUACAGUGCGCGCUCAGUUUCAUGUAUUAAAGACGGCAAAAAAGUUAUUUUGGGUACUGAUGAAGGUGUCUUGUUAACCUAUAAUUGGAAUGAGUUUGGGAGUGUUUGUGAUCGCUUUCCUGUUCGAACUUCUCGUUCGCGUGUUGACCAGGUGGUUGGAGUAAAAUAUUAUGAAGACGCGGGUUUUCCGUCAGUUGAAAAAAUCGCAAAAAUUACAGAAGACAUUGUUGUCGUAGCAACAGAUGAUGGUGCUCUCAGUCCCAUGAACAUUCUCCCCAAUCGGAUGCUUGAUUGUUUAGGCUGGCAUACCUCAGAAGACCUUGGUGGAGGCGACUGCAUGACAUUAGCUGUGUCUCCCGAUCGCCAGUUAGUGGCAAGUGGCUUGCCUCUCGCACCUUCAAUCAAAUUUUGGCCAGUCGGCCACCUUCAGUCUGAAGCCUCGGAGGAAAUUAAACUUUUAAGUUUGCCGAAAAAACGACGACUGACCGGGAAACUCGCUUCUACGAAAUCAGCAAAGUCCAAGACUACCUCGCGUUGCUCGGAUCAAGACCGCACAGAUUUCUUAUCCGGAUUGAUUUCACCUGCGGAUGAAAGUGAUGAGGAAACCGGUAGUACGGAUGACUCCAGUGAUGGCAGUGAAUAA